AUGGUGGGGCAAGGAUUUCCCGGCGCAACUCUUAUUGGGCAGAUUCUAAGCCAAAUCACGCAGCCAGUGUCAAAGGCGAUAGUGAAGCGUGUGAAGAAACGGCCGCUCUUAAGAAAAUAUGUUCUGAUUCAACUGGGACGUUUCUAUUAUUGGUGUGAGAACAUGAUAAAGUGGCAAGAGACUCCGGUCGUAGUGAAAAAAAGACCCGUUGACGACGAUCACACAACGGAACUAGGCACGAAAUUACUACUCGAGGCAUUAGUCUUCGGGCUUUUGUGCAGCGUGCUCGUAUACGAGACGCGGAAGACUGCAGAGAGAUCGCGCGUCGCCGAGCAGCUGAGAAUUCAGGAGCUCAACGACUUAGAGAUGGAGAAGGAUCGGCUGAUGCGGAGAGUCGAGGAUCAAGUGAUCUUGACGAAACGGCUCAAAGACAUCACCGUGGAGUAUUCGAGAAAAGUCGGGUGUACGUUACCGAGUGAGCCUGAGGAGGAGAAAGGCGAAUAG